GCUGGUGGUCGGGGCCUGGUGCCUGAUGACCCUUGUGCUGGUCAACGUCUACAACGGAAUUCUCAUCUCCUACGUGAUGGCCAUUCAUCGCGCUCCUCCAAUCGCCAGCACCGAAUUGGACAUCGCGUUCAACCCAAACAUCCGCCUUGUCGUCGAUAAGGGUCAAUCUGGCGAUCUUUGGUUUUCGACUGCGCAAAAAGGGAUUUUCAAGGGCUAUGGCGACAAAUUGCGAUCAUAUCCGAAUUCGAGGUGCAACAACAGUCAGCAGUGUGUCAAUUUGGUGAAAUCGCUGCCGCCACAGCACGUCUAUUUUAGCGUAAUGAUGAAUUUGAAGGACAUAAUCAAGGCUGAUUACAAGUCCACGGGCCAGUGUAAGCUGACCAUAACGGCGCCAGCAUCCAACCACCCAGGAACUUGGGGACUAGAGAAGAAAAGUCCUUACCUCGAAAAGUUUAACCGUGGAACAUUGAUGCUCCACGAGGCGGGGCUAAUCACCUUGUGGCGAGAAAAGGUCGAGUCGGACACCAAGCCGUGCUACAGCGAGAAGAAUGCCAAUUACAUUGACGACCAGGACAGCAAGAAAAAGCCUCUGGCGCGUUUGUCGCUGACUAAUUUGGCAGGGGCCUUCGCUGUUUUGGCAGCUGGAUGCCUGGUUUCCAUCGUGGCGUUCGGAAUCGAAAUUCUCUUCUUCAAUAAGCGACGAAAGAGGAGGAUGAAAAGGACCACAAUCGUCGUCCUGUGAAUGAAUUAUAAUUUAUAAUAUUGCUUUGGUAUUUUUUUCAUGUAGUCUAAUAUACCUUUUCA